UUCUUCCUAGUGCCCAAAUAUACGGCGAGAACCGGUAUUUGGAGUCCCUUGCUACCUACGGCUGUAUGUAUGGUUGUAUGGUUGUAUGCUACGGUAUGCUAUGCUAAGGGUUGUAAGGUUGUACCCAGGGUUGUAUGUAUGGGUGUAAGGUUGUGUGGGUUGGGUUUGGUUGGGGUUGUAAGGUUGUAUGUAUGGUUGUGGCUGCAGAGCGCUCGCGGCAGUGGGUGUUCCGGGGAUGCCUCUCUCUCCCUCGAUGGAGCGCCCACCGUCUUCUCUAUCUUUCUCUCUCGAUGGGGCGGCGAGCGGCGGCGGUAGGUGGUGGUGGUGGUGGUGGUGGUGGUGGGAAUGCCAAAUGCACGUCUUCCCUCUCUCUCAGCCAGACAGGCAGGCAGGCUAAUAAAAAACCUGCUCGCUCUGCUUGCUUGCUUGUUGCUUGCUCCUGCUGCUUGCUUGCUGCUCCUGCUGCUGCUGCUCGCUCUCGCUGCUGCUGCUUCGCUUUGCUGCGGUGCGAGGGGGGGAGGGAACUGGAAACACACUGCACGGCCAAAUUGCACUGGGCAUUGUGGGGCCUCGGCACUCUAGCUGGAUGUGGCCUGACUCGGCUUACUUAACCGCGUACUUGCAGUUGUUGCGGACUAGGUAGGCAGAGUACUGGUACAGUACAUGGAGUACUCGUUCGAGGAGGACAGGAGGACAGGACAGGUCGUGCUUGUGCUUAGCCGUGAUAGGAAGUAUGCGGAGCUGAGUACUUUACGGUGCGUGGUGUGUGCGUGUGUGCGAAAGAUGGGUGGAUGGAUGGAUGGUUGAAGUAGGACAGGCGCGUGAGGGAGGCAGGGAGGGAUUCACGUAUGUGUUUCGGUAGGAGGUAUGUAGGUUAGGUACGGUAUUCAGCUGCUGGCAUGGCAGGUAGGGGCACAGGAGGGAAGGGAAGGGAAGGCGAGAGGAGC